AUCAAUCGAAACAAUAAUUAAAAAUGAUUUCUAUGUCGAUGAUCUCAUUACCGGAGCUAACACCGAGGACGAACUGAUAUAUAUUCAAAAUUCGGUAUCUAAUACUCUUAAGUCUGGAUGCUUCAACCUUCGGAAAUAUCGAUCCAAUUCUAAAUCAAUUUUGAAUGCCAUAAAUCCAGAAGAAAAAUUAAGCAUUAGUUCCUCCACUUCCACUUUAGGACUUGGGUGGACUCCGGGGAAUGACAAACUUCAGAUAUCAUUUCAGAUCCCUGACAAAUCAUCAAAGGUAACCAAACGUUUAAUCUUGUCAUUUACAUUCAAAAUUUUUGAUCCAUUGGGUUUGAUAAGUCCAUGUGUCAUUUUACCUAAAAUGCUCUUGCAGUCUUUGUGGCUUCAAAAAAUUGAUUGGGAUGCUCCCGUACCCAGAGACAUACAACAUGCUUGGGAUGAAUUUUCCAAUACAUUGCCAAGUCUUGCAAAUUUCGAAGUUCCCCGAAACGUACUUUGUGACAAUCCUACAACAAUAGAACUUCAUUCAUUCAGCGAUGCUUCACAAAGUGCUUACGGGGCUUGCAUUUACAUACGAUCCAUCAACAAUGAAGGUAUCAGCGUAAAAUUAUUAUGCUCUAAAUCUAAAGUAUCUCCAAUGAAACCAACUACAAUACCUCGUUUAGAGCUCUGUGGAGCUCUCCUGGCGGCUAAAUUAUCCAAAACCGUCGUCGAAUCUCUUCGAUGCUCGGUUUCGCGUCAGGUGCACUGGUGUGACUCCACAGUGGUUCUUGGAUGGCUUAAUACUAACUGUCGAAAAUUGAAAACAUUCGUGGCGAAUAGGGUCGUGGAGAUAUCCGAAACAACAGAUAUAUCUUCAUGGCGCUACGUGCCCACUGCACUUAAUCCUGCAGACUAUAUUUCUAGGGGUAUUACUCCUAUGGAUAUAGUAUCUAGGCAGAUGUGGUGGCAUGGUCCCGAGUUCUUGCAACAACCAGAAUCAGAAUGGCCUGUUCUUCCAUCACAACGCGUUGAGAAGAACCUACCAGAAACUAAAAGCCUUUCAGCUGCGGUAGUAGACAUUCCAGAUUCUAUUAUAGAAUUUGAACGUUACUCAAAAUUAUCAAAAUUACAAAGAACGUUUGCAUACAUCAAACGGUUUAUUCAUAAUCUACGACACAAAACCAACAAACUCACAGGCAGUUUAUCCUUAGAAGAAUUAAAUGAUGCAUUUUCAAAUCUUUGUGCCAUAGCGCAAGAACAAUCUUUUCCAAAAGAAUUUAAAUUAUUAGCAAGUGGAAAGCCAAUUAGAAAUAAUUCUAAUAUAAUAUCAUUGACACCUUUCUUUGAUAAGGAUGCUAAACUAAUACGAGUUGGUGGCAGAAUUGACAAUUCUAACUAUGAUUUCAACAAAAAACAUCCUAUUUUGCUACACUCAAGUCAUCAUCUUACUAAAUUAAUUUUCGAACAAUACCACCUUCGUCAUAUGCAUGCUGGACCACAGCUAUUGCUUGCAUCAAUCCGUGAAUCAUUAUGGCCAGUUAACGGCAGACGCCUUGCUAGAAACACAUUUCACAACUGCGUCACAUGCAAGCGCCAUCAAGGGAAGGCAAUCUAUCCCAUAAUGGGUAACUUACCCAUCCAAAGAAUUACACCUGACUUUCCAUUCAAAACUGUGGGAAUAGACUUUGCUGGUCCAUUCUAUAUCUCUAAUAAGAAGGGUCGUGGGUCCAGAGUCAUCAAGGCAUAUUUGUGUUUAUUUGUAUGUCUAAGAUUCAAAUGUUUACAUUUAGAAGCUGUCAGUGACCUAACCAAAGAAGGUUUUUUACAAGCGCUACGCCGAUUUUCGUCUAGACGUGGAAAACCUGCGGAAAUUUUUUGCGAUAACGCGGGAAAUUUUGUCGCGGCAGCUAAGGAAAUAGGCAACUUUUUAAAGGCCAAUAAACAAACUAUCAUUGACUCUGCAACUGAAGAACAAAUUAAAUUCGUAUUCUCACCCACGUAUAGUCCCCACUUUGGUGGCAUUUUUGAGGCUGGCGUCAAAUCCGCUAAAUACCACAUCCGUCGCGUCAUGGGUAACACCCAUCUAAAUUUCGAAGAAUUAGGAACUUUAUUCACUCAAGUCGAAGCUAUUUUAAAUAGUAGACCUUUAUGCCCCCUGACAUCCAAUCCUACCGACUACCUCUCCUUAACUCCGGGGCACUUUCUGAUAGGGCGGCCACUUACUUCGUUGCCAUCACCUCCGCUACAAGAUUACAAUCCAAAUCGCCUUCGACGCUAUGAAAGACUCGAACAAAUUCGCCAGCACUUUUGGCAGCGAUGGCAAAAAGAAUACAUCGCAGAACUUCAGCAGCGAUCAAAAUGGAGAACGAAGUCAGCAAAACUAAAAGAAGGAGAUCUAGUACUUCUAAUAGAGGACAACUUACCUCCACUAUGCUGGAAGCUAGGAAGAGUUUCCCGAUUAUUUCCUGGAUCAGAUGGAGUAUCACGCGUCGCGGAAGUAACUACAUCCAAGGGCACCUUCAGAAGACCAUACGUAAAACUUUGUCCACUACUUACCUGUGAUGAUCCAGAAAGUUGAAAGCUGCACUUUCCACGGAGGGGAGGAUGUUGAAGCGCCUACAGCUUAUUCUCAGCAAAUGCACUUUGUUGCGAAUAGUUUUAUUAAUGUUGACAAAGACCAUAAAUAAUUGUUUAUCCUAAUGUAUUUUUGUAUUGUAUAUAUUUUGAAUUUAAAUUAAUUAACUACAUAACUAAUAUAUAUUUCAUGUAUUAAAUUCAAAUCUUACUUAUCUAAAAUCAUAAAUUUGUUAUCUGUUUGCAAUGUCAGUUCAUACAACAUAUUUUAUUUAACAACCCUCAAUUUUGUAUAUUUCUAGAUUGUCAUUUUACGUUUUUAUAAUUUUUUUUGUUCUCUUCUCUUUGUUAAAACCAAAACGGUCUGCGCGCCAAUAAAUUCAUUUUUAGAAGAAAUAUCUUUAAUUUUAUC